CUUCGUACUCCAUUUGACACCUGGCAGCCUGUGGUCUGAUUCUACAACACUGCGAUUGAUCCGAAAUAGAGGUGGGUUGAUAGGCAGAGAAAUCUCACUGCUUACUCUUGCAACAGAUGGGACAAUGCUUUGUAUGUAUGGGCAUUCGAGUAUGGACCACUCAUUGCAAUGCGAGCUUUUACAGGACAAUCUUCCCCGGCACUAGCGACAAGUCUGUACUAAGAUGGACCACAACGUUAAUUGCAUAUCAUGACCUCAAUCAGUCCUUAUGCCCUCACUUGUCAUUCGUCAAAAGGCUUGAUUGAAACAGAUGGAGACCGAACUGUGUCGAUCGCAUUUCUGCAUGUGUCAGGAAAACCGUGUUCCUGAAAGGCUGCAUUUUCCUCUCGGUUCCCACCUGGUGUAAGCAACGAACCCCGGAGUAGAAUACGAGCACACGAGUGCGCCUGUCCGUGACAUUUCUGGUUAAGUCCCUGCCAGACACGGCUGCCGAUGUCUAGAGCUGCCCUGGUCGUCCGCCGUCAUGCAUAACAACUGAAAAGAGUUUAUGUCUGGUCCGUAGCGUCGGACUGGCUGGCCUUGCAGAUGCUGCUGAGUUGCAUCAGUGCUGAGCUUGGCAAGUUUAUUCCCUGCACUUCUCAUCCAAACAAGACGUUCAGCGUGGAACAGGAAUAUCGAUCUAGUUCGACAAGAAACUCCGCGAACUUUUAGAGCAAGCCGGUACACAGGCCCGUCCUCCUAAGCUACGCACGGGUCUAUGACGACGAGAUGUACACUUGUCUCAGAGCCUCCAACACACAGUCUUUCUCUCAUUGCGAGAAUAGUGCUUAGUGCCAUGGCGAACAUGCAGUUCAGCCCGUGGGGGCCUGUUCUGUAUACAUGAUAGUAAGUAUAAAGAGCCUUGUGAAUCACUUACCACCUUGGAGUCUUCUUUCCCAGACUCUUCUGAAGCCUUGUCCUCGUUCCUCUUCUGGCUUUUUUCCCUUUUCGAGAUCACGGAGAUGGCUCGCUUUGCAGUAUUGGUAACGCUGCUCGCAAUUUUUGCGACGGUCCUUGGUGGACCAACAGGGACAUUUCACGGGCAUCGUCCUGGUGGCGGAGGGCCACCUCCGUGGGGUUGUAACAGCAAAACGAUGCAAAUCCGAAAAGACUUCAAUAAGGCUACACCCCAAGAAAGAAAGGAAUAUACCGAUGCUAUAAACUGCGUCAUGACUUUUCCAUCGAAUUUGGAUCAAAAACAGUACAGCGGCGCGAUCAACCGAUAUUUUGAUUAUGCGACCAUCCACAUUAACCUAACUCAAGUCAUACAUUUGGAUGGCUUCUUCCUUGUCUGGCACCGAAUGUUUGUCCAUUUGUUUGAACAAGACAUGAGGCAAAACUGUGGCUUCCGAGGACCUAUGCUAUACUGGAAUUGGCCCGCCACCGCAGCAGACAUCGAUACAACCCCAAUUUUCAAUGGCGACGAAUACUCAAUGUCGGGUAACGGAGAAUAUUUCAACCCUGGUCCUUAUCAAGUCGGACCGAACUUCACCGUGCCUCAUGGGUCGGGAGGUGGAUGCGUUACUACAGGCCCAUUUGCGAAUCACAUAAUCACUAUGCAGCCCAGUAUUGACCCUCUAUUCUUGCUCACUGGCGAGCCACUUCCUCAGACUGUCUUCCAGAGAAACGAGUCAUGUAUGACUCGUGACCUCAAUUCUUGGGUAGCGACCAAGUUCGACAAUUGGACGAGAGUCGAGGAUGCUUUGAAUUGUCCCGAUCAAGCGUGCCUUGCAAGCGAAUUGAAUGGUGCAUUUGGUGGCAAUGAUUUUGGGUUGCACGGAGGCGCUCAUUUCAGUGUAGGCCCACCUGAGAGCAAUAUCUUCGUGUCGGUGCAAGAUCCUAUAUGGUGGCCACUGCAUACAAUGCUUGACAACCUCUAUGUCCAGUGGCAGAAAAGACAUCCUGAUAUUCAAGAUCAGAUAUGGGGUACAGAAACGGCCAACAAUGUCCCUCCUAGCGCCAAUGUCACCCUUGAAACUUGGACACCAGAUUGGGGAUAUUUUGCUCCGUCUAUGCAAAUGAAGGACUUAAUGAGCACAACCGCCGGCCCAUUCUGCUAUGACUACGAAUGGGAAGAUGGCCCAUAUACCGAGAAAAAAUAGAAGGUGGACUGAAGGUGAACAACAUAUUAAGCUUACCAGAUAUGCAUGCAACACAUAAUAAUGUUAUCAAUAUGGA